GCUAGCAAUGUACCAAGAGAUAGACUGGGAAGAUGGUCCCAAAGACAAAGACGAAGUAACAGUACGAACCCCAGUCAACAUAGCUGUAAUUAAGUACUGGGGGAAGAGAGACGAGAAGCUGAACCUACCUCUUCACUCCUCCCUCAGCGUAACCCUGUCCAUGUCUGACAUGUACACAGAGACAAAGGCAAGACGCAGCAGGGAUACAGUCUUCUGUAUUAACGGAAAAAUCGAACCCCCGACAAAAAGAUUUGACCGUCUGAUAAAGAAGAUCCGAUCAGAAAACCCGGCAGCAAACGUGGACAUAACAACACACAACACAUUCCCCACAGCAGCUGGGCUCGCUUCCUCUGCCUCUGGGUACGCAGCACUCGCGUGUGCUCUGAAACUCCUGUACCCGACACGGGGUGUGGUGAGCGAACUGGCGCGGUUAGGUUCAGGAAGCGCUUGUAGAAGCACUGCAGGAGGUUUUGUGUUGUGGGAGAAAGGAGAGGAGGAGGGAGGUGGAGAUAGUGUUGCUAGGCAACUCUUCAGUGCUGAACACUGGCCAGAGAUCAGGGUUUUAGUGUGUGUUGUGUGUAGGGAAGAGAAAGCAGUUCCCAGUACUGCUGGCAUGCAGUCUACUGUUGUUACCAGCAACUUGAUGCAGCACAGAGUUGCACACGUGCAGGUCCGGAUACAACAGAUCACUGAAGCUAUCCAGCAGAGAGACUUUCCGACAUUCGGGGAGAUAACAAUGAGAGAUAGCAAUGAGAUGCAUGCUGUGUGUCUGGACACGUACCCUCCUAUAGCUUAUCUAAACGAUACAAGUCAUCAGAUUAUCAGGUCUGUUCACAGUUUUAAUUCAGAUAAGGGUACGGUUAGGGCGGCGUACACGUUUGAUGCCGGACCUAAUGCUGUUUUAUUAUGUGAGGAGAGAGAUUUUGUGGAGUUGAGAGAGAGGAUAAGAGGGGAGUUCUGUGGUAAGAAAGGGAAGGUGACUGAGCUUGUCGAGUGUAAGAUUGGGUGUGGACCUUUGGUACUUACUGACUGAGAAUUCUAUUUUGUAAUUUUACUUAAAUACCAGUUUUAACUGUUUAUCGGCUACCGUAGUGAGUGAUCAUAUCAACAGACUUUCAUAUUUUUUAUUUAUCUAUUUCUUUAAUGCAGUUUAAUUAUAAUAUUAGAAUUUUUGAGAAUUUUUGGUUUGUUUUAUAAUUUCAUAUCAUCUAUUUUAUUGAC